AAGCCUCAAUAUGGAUCUGAAGCUGACUUGACUAAUGCCCUUGACGCUUUGCGCAGGGCAUUCCCUGACGACAACAUCGUGUCCACGGAUGAGGGCGAGAGGCUGUCUUAUGCUCUUGGUGUAGCUUAUCCUCCACCCGGCACGUUAGCAUUCAUCACACCUCACAGGGUCGUUGUGCACGCCCGUUCCACCGAGGACGUUGUCACAGUGGUUAAUAUUUCUCGUAAAUUCCGCAUACCAGUUGUUCCCUAUACUGGUGGGACAGGCCUUGAAAAGGGUAUCGAAGGGUUGAAAUCAGGCACUAUUUGCAUCGACCUGUCUGGAAUGGAUAGGAUUCUGGAAAUAAAUGAGGCAAACGCAGAUGUCGUCGUUCAGGCUGGCGUAUCCUGGAAUGUCCUUAACGACACGCUCAAGGAGAAGGGCAUUCCUUUAUUUUUCCCUCUUGAUCCAGGACUAGGCGCAACAAUCGGAGGCAUGAUCAGCACAGGAUGUUCUGGAACAAAUGCAAUGCGAUAUGGUACUGCGCGAGGCGAAUGGAUAUUGAAUAUGACUGUCGUCCUCCCAUCUGGCAAAGUUAUCAAGACUAGACAGCGCGCCCGAAAAUCCUCUGCAGGUUUUGACCUCGGUAAAUUGUUUGUUGGCGCGGAAGGCACGCUAGGGAUAAUCACAGAAGCUACUAUUCGUCUUGCGCCAAUACUCCCAACAACUGUAGCCGUCGUUCAGUUCCCUUCUGUCCGUCAUGCGACAGAAGCUGCUUGUGAGGUUCUUAAUCUCGGUGCACCAAUCCAAUGCGUCGAACUCCUUGACUCAAAUUUCCUGCGUGUCCUCUCCACAUCGCCCUUACGUUCCACAAGCUCGCGCGGUGUCCAAGACACACUGUACAUUAAGAUUCAAGGCGCACCCUCUCUUCCCUCAGCCCCGUCCGCAGAUAUAGACGCACAGAUGUUAGCCACAUCGACAUUGAUGGAGCACGUCAUGAAGAAGCACGGCGCGACUGGAUAUCAACUAGCGAAGGACCGAAACGAGGCAGAAGCGCUCUGGGCGGAACGACGAAGUGCCCUGUUUGUGCUGACGGGAUACGCGCAGGAACGCGGGCUCGUGGGCUACGGAAUGGACGUUUGCGUGCCGGUCUCGAAGCUCCCGGAUCUGGUCGACGUUGCGAAGAGAGAGUUCGAGAGAGCUGGGCUGUUUGGGCCCAUCCUAGGGCAUGUGGGCGAUGGCAACUUUCAUGCUUUCCUAACAUACAAGGACGAAGAGGAUCUCAAGCGCGUCCACGCGGUGGCUGACAAAAUUGUUGAGACAGCCAUCGCCUUGGAAGGUACAUGUACAGGAGAGCAUGGUGUCGGGACUGGAAAGAAGAAGUACUUCAAUUCGGAACUGGGAGCUGAGACCGUCAAGACGAUGAAGGGGAUCAAGGCGACUCUAGACCCACUUGGGCUGUUUAAUCCUGGAAAGGUA